AGCCCAGACACUCAGUCCCAGAGCUCCAGGGGAGAGUGGAAGCACUGAGGAUCACUUGCCUGCUGCCGAGAAUCCGACAUGACCGAGAGACGAGUCCCCUUCACCUUCCUCCGAAGCUCCAGCUGGGACCCCUUCAAGGACUGGUACCCAAUGGGCAGCCGGCUCUUCGACCAGUCCUUCGGGCUCCCCCGCCUGCCAGAAGAGUGGUGCCAGUGGCCCAGCCACACCAGCUGGCCGGGCUAUGUCCGGAUGCUGCCCAGCCCUCUGGCGGAGCAGCUUCCCGCUGCUGCUGCCCCCCUGGUGCCCCCACCCACCGCUGGCCAGGCCUACGGCCGGACACUCAGCCGCCAGCUGAGCCGAGGGAUAUCGGAGAUCCAGCACACAGCUGACCGCUGGAAGGUAACCCUCGAUGUCAACCACUUUGCCCCCGAGGAGCUGACCGUCAAGACCAAGGAUGGCGUGGUGGAGAUCACCGGCAAACAUGAGGAGAGACAAGACGAGCACGGAUUCAUCUCCAGAUGUUUCACUAGGAAAUAUUCCCUGCCCCCUGGUGUAGAUCCCACCCUGGUGGUGUCCUCCCUGUCUCCUGAUGGGACACUGUCCGUGGAAGCCCCUCUGCCCAAGCCUGCCAUCCAGUCUGCAGAAGUCACCAUCCCGGUCACCUUUGAGAGCCGUGCUGAGAUCGGAGGGGCAGAAGCCAAGAAGCCCGGGGAGGCAGCCUCCAAGUAAAGCCCAAGGCCCCAAGAGAGUCCAGCGUGUCCAGUGGGCGGCCCUCACGCCCCCCUGGGCUGACUCCUUGAAGCAUGCCUGUCACUCUGCUUCAUCUCUACCUCCCCCUCCCCCUCGCUAUUUUAUACUGGAACAUUUAUUGUGUUUCCUAAAUAAAGCUGGGAAAAAAAACCAUAA